AAUAGUUUUAUCUUCGUAUGGUUUUGACGCACCAACUUUUUAUUACAUUUUUUAAAGUAUUAUCAAAAUUCCCGGCAUCAAUAUUGAUGUAAGCGGCCAGAUGGAAACAAUCACGUUGAAAUGGCAGUAAAUGAUGAUGAAAUAAUCAAGCGACGACUGCUGUAUGAAGGGGAUGGAGGAAAUGAUGACAAGCGAAUCAACAGCCUCCUGAAGACCUGCAUUCGAUGGUGCAACUCUUCAGAGUCACCGGAGGAAAACUCCCUGGGGUUUGAGAGAAUGAUGGCCACGCUGACCCAGUGUGAACACACCAUGGAGAAAUCUUUACUGGUGUACAACAUGAACACUAGAGAGCAGGAGAAUUACAAUCAGCUCAAUCAGCAAAUAGAGGCAAAGAUAGAGGAAGCCAGAGAGAAGAUUUCGGAGUGUAAAAAUGAACUGUCACAGGCCAAACGAAUUCGUAAAAAUCGACAAGAGUACGAUGCCUUGGCUCGUGUCAUACAGCAGCACCCUGACAGACAAGAUACUAUGAAGCAGCUACAAGGAUUAGACAAAGAUGUUUCAAGUCUGGAAGAACAAAAAAAGUCUCUAGAACAAAAGCUUGAUUUAAGAAGAAAGCAGUUCCAUGUUCUGAUUGCUGCUAUACAUGAAUUGGAGAACAUUCUGGAUGAGGAUGAAACUAAAGAAGAAGGUGCUGAAAAAAUGGAUACAAACUGAGCGAAUAGCAGUGUUCACAAAACAAUAUAUUUGUUGUGGAAGAAAACACCUCCUUUCAAAUAUGUGGGGGUACCACCUAGGACCUAUGGUGCACAAGUUCACUGUGUACCCAAUAUUUAGAUCUCAGAAUUGAAUCAGGACAGUGAAUGUGAUGACUUUGUCCAUGAAUCAACAGAUUAAGCUGUGUUAUUUUAACAAGCUAAUGUAUUUCCAUGUAUUAUGAAACAUUUUGUUUUACUAUAAAUGUCAAAUGGUGUUUAUUAGUAGUCAGCAAAAUUAAUAAAUCUUUAUACUUUAUUAA